AUGGUGACAUCAUUUGAUGCUUCGCUGAUUGGGAAACGUAAUUUACAGGUAGAUCCCAGCAGCCUUGAGCACUACGGCCGUCUCGCGUUCCAGAAUUCUCCAAUUAAUCAGUUGAUCCCAUUGAUCCGUGAUCGCGUCGCAAAUGACUUGCCUGGCUGUGAGAGCGUUUGCGACGACCCGGUCUACAUGGAGAAGGUGCAUGUUUGGAAACCGGCUGCUUCGCGUUUGGAAUCUGCCGAAAUCUUUGUUGUCUGCGAGAAGUACUCGAAGCCUGACAAGGUAGAUCCCGAUUUGCUGAAUGUGAAGAAGGUGUUCCUCGAACCGAACUUGGACCCCGCCAAGCCCAACAGCCAAGCUCUCCUUUUGAACAAGAAGACGAAAAAGGCGCGUGCCGAGGGCUAUGCUGAAAGCGAUGGACUGACCCUGCAUAAGACUAUUGAUGCCACUACGUUCGUUCACUCCUCUUCCGCCCUGGAUCUGCUUGCUCAAACGAGCAGCAUAAAGCUCGACCAACCGAAGUGGAGCGAAGCACCGGAAACGACGGACGAGGUCAAAGAAUGCCUCAAGGACAUUAAACUCUGCGGUCCACGCGAACUGCGCAUCCUGCUCAAGUGGCGAAAGAAGAUGUUGGACAUGGUGCAUGCCGCUGAAGAUGCGGAUGUGGACAUGGAAGCUACUGAACCACAACCGUUAUCUGCCGAAGACCUAGAAGAUCAGGAAUUGGCCAACAUCGAAGCUGAGAUCGCGCGCGCCAGUGCCGAGGAGAAAUCCGAAUUGAAGAAGAAAAAGAAGAAAAUGCUUCGCGAAAAGGCUAAGGUGCUGAAGCGCAAGCAGCUGAAGAUGAUCCACGGAGACGAUCCAGGAAUUUUUGCGGAGAUGCCAGAUUUAUUCGCCCUAAAGAAUAUCAAGAAGGGAAGCCUGGCAACAUUAACGGAUGAGGCUGUGCCGGAUAUCUCAAACAUCGAAGACGAUGAGUAUGGACUUGGCGAGGGCGAAUGGGAAGAACACGGAGACGAAGCUGAGGACAAUGAAGCGGCAGCGGAUGCUGAUGACGAGGAUAAUGAGCUAAUUCACACGGAACAGUCCUUGAUGACUCCGGAUGAGAGGAAGAAAGCGACAGUUAGGGAAUGGAAAAAUCAGCCACUGAUCAAAGAAUUGCUGUCAUCAGACGACUCCGACGAUGAACUUGAUGCGGUCGAAAAAUAUAUGAGAAAGAAGGGGACUCUUCAAGAAAAUACAGUUUCUUUCGAAGCAACAAAACCUAAUAAGACUGUGGAGAAGUUUGGAGACGAAGAUGACGAGAAGGUUGAUGGCACCACAUUGUUCGACGCUGAAAUGGAAAGCGAAGAAGAAUACGAAGAUGAGGACAAAAGGGUCGCCAAAAGGAAAAAGGAAGAGAAGAAGAAUAAAAAGGAAGCGGCUGCGAAAAAGAGAAAGCUGACCCCAGAAGAAUUAGCACUUGGCGAACAGCUGAUAUACUCCACGAAGACUCGACGUGAUCUCGAAGAUUGGGGCUGGCAUCGUUUUUCGAACAAUGACGAAAAUCUGCCGGAUUGGUUCGUGGAGGACGAGCAGAAGCACUACAAAAAGGACCUGCCGGUCACCAAGGAGCAGGUCAAAUUCUACAAGGAAAGGAUGAAGGAGAUCAAUGUUCGCCCAAUCAAGAAGGUGGCCGAAGCCAAAGCCCGAAAGGCUAGACGCGUCACUCGGCGUUUGGAGAAAGCGAAAAAGAAGGCCGAAGCCGUCGUCGAGAAUGAGAACCUCGAACACUCGGAGAAGGUUCGCGAGAUGAAAAAGAUCUACCGCAACGCAAACAAGAAGGAGGAUAAGAAGAAGAACGUGGUCGUUGUCACGAAGUCGAAUCGCGGUCGCAUGUCCCGACCGAAUGGGCGCUACAAGACAGUCGAUGCCCGAAUGAAGACCGAAUUGAGAGCCCAGAAGGCCAAAGACAGACGCAGCGGCGUCAAGGGCAAGCGCGGUGGUGGACGCGGGAAGGGGCGUCGU